AAUUCUCAACUAUCAAGCUCCGUUGACAGAGGUAUUAAUUCACUUUGACGGUCGCCCAGAUUCCUGAGACAAACUGUCCAGUAGGAAAGUGUUUAUAAUUAUGUCUGUGUUGAAUCUAGGCUUUAACGCAUUCGGUCCCGGGGGAAAGUUGUAACUUGUGUUAUAGGACGUCCUGCGGAGUGGGUUCACUCUCUCUCGGGUUGUCUACCUGUCGGUGAGCCGGACCUUACUUUGAAGUUAAAGGUACUUUCGCGUGUGGUCAGUCGAUGCGUAGAACUGUCCAGUCACCAGCUACAACUGACCGUAGUAGUAGCAGCAGCAACAACAGCCCAUCUUAUGUUAUAUAUUCAUCCUCCAGUGUUAUUUGACCGUGACCCUCGCUGACAGUGUCCCACUUUACGCAUAAAUCACGUCCCGACACUCGUCCAACGCUAGCGAGCUUGCGGGCUUAUCUGCCAUAUACUUAUGUAUUAUAUAUGAAGCGCGUCGCGGGGCUGUCGCCCAGUGGGGAUACGAGACACACACGGACAUCAGCUACUGAAGCAUCACCCUCUCCUCCAUCUACCAUCCUGGCAGUAUCUGACACUGGAUUGUACACGGCUACACACAGAUAGAAAGACCUCCACACACACAUAACAAAGACGACCUGAAGUGCAGACAGAUUCUUCACGAAUAUGGGUCAAGUUUUGUCCCGAAAACGCUCUGCGUCAGCCAACAUAACUGCGCACAAGAGCGACGAUGUGACGACUAGCAGCAAUGGCGACGUUGUCAAAGCGGAGGCCAACGGUUCCGCAAUCCAGUCGACGGGAAAUGAUACGAAAGUAGAGGUUACAGAUACAGAUGCAGCACCAGUCAAAGAGAAGAAGAAGAGGAGAAGAUUCUUCUUUAGCCUGAAGCGCUCGCGUCCUGGCAGCGGGCGGAAGAAGAAGGCGAAAAAAGACCGGAAUGGACAGGUCAACGCAGACACAUCCGCCAACAGCGGCAAGAGUGGUAAUAGAACCAGUUUGUUUAUGGACGAGUUUCAGAUACCGGAAGAUGAUGGCAUUGAUUCAGUCAGCCUGUCCUCAAACGAGGAGAAAGAUAACAAGAAGGGGAAAGAUAGUGGUGUCGCUAUCAGACGAAGCAAGCGAAACUCCAACAGCAAGAAUGGAAAGAAAAAGAAAAAGAAGUCCGAGAAGAAGAAGGAAGAAAAAUCUAAGAAGAAGAAAACUUCCAAGGAUGAGGACAAGAGCAAUGUUGUUGUUACUGGUGCUGGCGAAUCUUUGAACAUCACCCAGAGUGUUGAACCACUCCACGAAUCUGUUAAAGCUGCCGCAGAUGAGGCUAAAGUGUUAGCACUGUCGGAGGAAAAUGGUAGUUGGGUUCCGAAAUCAGAAGAUGAUGUGGAGGAAGAUUUGGUAGCAGCAGUCACAGCUGUCAUGGAUUCCAGCGUGUCUGAAGGUAAGAUGGAGGUUGAACCAGCGCAAGAAGAAGUAUUAACACCAUCUACGGCUACAGACGUUGCGACGGCGCCUUCUAUUGAAGAGAAGUCACUAAAGGAAGAGGAUCGAGAACGAACUCUCAAACCCAUUGUUGAAAGUUCUGCACAGGAAGAAACAAUUCAGUCCGUCGCGACAGCAGCGCAAGCAGCUGCACCCUGCCCCGAAACAUCGGAUGGAAUCGUACCUUCAUCGCCAGAUACUGAUGUUGUCAAACAGGCUGUGAGUCCUGCCGUAUCAAACGCGGGCGAAAAUGGUGUCUUGAAGCGUGUGUCACUGGGACCAAGGCUGAAAACAGCUAUUUUGAAGAAAUAUAGCGGUGCUGGCGAUGCACAACCGGAGACCAGGGUUACUUUGACCAAACCCAAAAUUGUAGAAGUAACUGAUCUUGUACCUCCUCCCAGGAAGAACAGACCCCGACGUACUCUAUCACAGACGACGAGCUCUACUUCCAGCAGUGAACUUAACACCAGCAUCAGUAGUAGUGUUUGUCCGUCUUCACCCAAGACGGAUGAGGACAAAACAGUUAGUUCACCAGAAAAGUCAGAUGUAGAAUCAGUUGUUACACAAACACUUCAGGCCGGCAGUGAGCUUGAUACUAGCGUCAGUAGCAACGUAGAUCCCCCAGCAUCCAACAAGGACGAGGACAUUGCAGCUAGUUCGUCAGAAACGACGAGCAGUGAACUUAACACCAGCAUCAGUAGCAGUGUAGACCCGUCUUCACCUAAGACGGAUGAGGACAAAACAGUUAGUACACCAGAAAAGUCAGAUGUAGAAUCAGUUGAUACACAAACACUUCAGGCCGGCAGUGAGCUUGAUACUAGCGUCAGUAGCAACGUAGAUCCCCCAGCAUCCAUCAAGGACGAGGACAUUGCAGCUAGUUCGUCAGAAACGACGAGCAGUGAACUUAACACCAGCAUCAGUAGCAGUGUAGACCCGUCUUCACCUAAGACGGAUGAGGACAAAACAGUUAGUACACCAGAAAAGUCAGAUGUAGAAUCAGUUGAUACACAAACACUUCAGGCCGGCAGUGAGCUUGAUACUAGCGUCAGUAGCGACGUAGAUCCAGCAGCAGCCAUCAAGGACGAGGACAUUGCAGUUAGUUCGUCAGAAACGUCGGAUGUAGAAUCAGUUGUUACACAAACACUCCAGGCCAGCAGCGAACUUAAUACUAGCGUCAGUAGCGGGGUAUAUCUAUCAGCAGCUGGUAAGGACGAGGACACUGCAGUUAGUUCUCAAGGAAAGUCUGAUAUUGAAAUAAUUAUUACACAAGAACUCCAGCCCAGCAGUGAACUUCGUACGAGCAUCAAUAGUGACGUUAGUCCUCCUUCACCUAGAACUGAUGAGUAUGCACAAGUUAUCUCUCCAGGAAAGACCGAUAUAGAAUCGAACGUCACACAAACUGUCGACAAUGUCGUCGAAUCUCAAAUUACUGCCACCUCUGACAUUGACAAAACAGAUGGUGAUGGGAGUGUCGUUAAUGAUGUUCUUGCGUCAUCUCUCGACGCAGACGUUAAAUGUUUGGCAACCGAAACUGUGUUAGCUCCUACUGAAGUGUCAGUUACACUUGCAGAGAAUGAGCGUGAAUCUGUUGUUGAACCCAUGUCCGUCUCUCAGGAAUUAUCUAGAGAUGGAGCAGAUUCAGAAGUCGCAUCUAACCCGACACUUGCUGAACAGGCUAAAGUUGUUGUCGAUCAUGAUAUUGAGACAAAGAUGGCUUCACUCAGCGUCGAGUCAAAUCCAAAAGGAGAAACAAAAGAUGAUUCUACCCCUGCUUCAGAGUCUGUUGUAGAAACAAGUGUAACAGGGGAUAUACCACCUACAGAGCACGCAGAGGAGGUGGGUAAAUCUGUGACGUCCCAGUUGGAGAGUAGGGCUGAAAGUGUACAGCCAGAUGCUCUUAAUGAAGGGGUUAUUUUGAAAGACAUUGAGAUUUGCAUUGAACCAACGAGAACAUAUGAGGCUGAAACCGAAAACCACGAUACCGACACUGAACCAGUUAUCGUGAUAGAGAGGAUUCACUCUGAACCUUAUUUUGGGCCUGUUCCUGAGAGUGAGGAUGGUCAAAGUGAUGACACUAAGAGUGGUGAGGGUGUGACAGACCUCACUGAUGCUAAGAGACAGAAAUUCUCACACGAGACUGGAGAAGUUUGCAAAGAAUGUAUUUGUGACGAGGUUCACAAGGAAGAUGACGAAGUUACUCAAGUAAAAGACGAGACGAUAGUAGGUGAAGUCGGUAAAGUGGACGAGGAAGUAUCAUCCACAGAGACUGAAUCCACGCCAAGUGACCGUCAUAGCGUUAGUGCUACUGCUGAAACAACCACCCAAGCAUCAGAUGAGACACAAGAAGAAAGCGCGGCCCACAAGGACGCUAUUUGUGAUACAGGUCUACGCGUUGACGACCCUGACGACAGUUCCAGCACGGGAACAGACAGCACAGUUGUAGACGAAGAUGAACACGACAGGACGAUUGUUGAAGAGAAGAACACAGCUAAAGAACCCGAAAAAGAAGACGCGUCAGAUGAACGCGAUCCUGCAAUAUGCAAUGGUGACUCUAAAGGACUCGCUCACGAGAGUGGCAGUGACUCUAGUUCCAGUGUGAGAAGUGAAACCUCGCGAGAUCUGGAGGAGUGUACAGACACUGUUGCCCAUGAAGGCGACGGGAAAGUUGUGGUAGACUGUAACGAUGAGCAUAGUAAGACAGCGGUUGGCAAAGUUAAUGGUGAGCACAAUGCUUCAAGUGAGAGUGGCAGGGACAUUAGUGACAAUAAUAACAGUAAAGACGUAAUCUCGUCAGAACAGAUGAACAUCCUCGAGACCAACCAGAAAGUGUCGGAUCCAAUCUUGUCCGAGAAUCACACGGCAGCUGCCGAGACGGUGGCAGGGGAGUGAAGUCGGCGCAUCGUCUAUCACGUGACUACACUAACAGGCAGCAGCGGACGGGUGGGCAGCGGAGGGAAACAACACGUUCAAUAUGCUUAGCGCAUACAUUUACUCACAACACGAGUCCACCCUAGUGUUUAGAAGAACACAUAUUUAGGCCGAGGAAAACAUAAGAUGUACAUGUUUUAUACAGCAAUGAUGCUGGUACUGCCAUUUACAAACGGCCACUGAUGCCACUGAGUUCCAUCUUCCAUUGACCUUCCUAACGUCGUGUGUGGGACGUGUGCUUGUGUUACACGAUCCGUGUAGAGUGCACAUAUGGUUCUGAAUGGAACUCGCGUUCAGAACAGAACUUCAAUCAGUUGUACCUGUCAACAAGCGGUUAUAUGGAUUCCAAAUCCUGGGAUAUCAACUUGCAUUUUUCUUUAUAUAAACUUAAUAUGAACACUUUUUCCAAUGUGCAAAUCAUUAUUUAUGAAUUACGUAUUUAAUACCAAAGAGAUUUUAUAACCUGCAAUAUGCGUUUUGUUUCCCGUGUUUACUGUGAGUUAAAUGAAAAGGUUGUGUAUUGGAAACAUACGUUUCUAAAUAUUGCAAGGAUGGUCUUCAAAUUUCAAAUGAAACUGAAAGGCGAACAUAUUCCACCUAAAGAACAAAUGCAUCUGGCUAUAUUUUAUGCAUGUUCAUUUUCUGCA